AUGGGCACUCAGAAGGGUGACAUCUACUCCUUCGCCAUUAUUCUCCAUGAGGUGUUAUGGCGGAAAGGCGUAUUCCCUGUCAAGAAUGAGAGCUUGUCGCCGUACGAGAUUAUUCAACGCGUGAAAAAGCCGGUGACGAAUCCAGACGAUGUGUUCCGACCUUUUGUCCCAGACAGCCUGGACGCAGACGACGACAUUAACCAGAGCCUUCUGGAGCUGAUGCGUUGUUCGUGGGCUGAGGAUAGCCAUGAUCGACCUGAUAUCUCGAUGAUACGCAAGGCGGUUCGGAUGUUGAACAAAGACAAUGAGACAUCAAAUCUUGUCGACAAUCUUCUGAAACGUCUCGAAUUGUACGCGAAGAAUCUCGAGGGUCUCGUCGAAGAACGAACUCGCGCAAUAUUUAGCGGAGAAGCAAAAAGUCGAGGAUCUACUGCACCAGUUGUUACCGCCUUCUAUUGCUGA